AUGUCUCAUAUUUUAAGUCAGUCUCCCACCAAGACAAGACACAAAACCACCUCCCUUCAACCUCUACAAAAGACUCUACAUAAACACGAUGCCAUUGGCGAGAAAAUGGCUGCAAAAUGUAAACCAGUCGCAAUAGGAACCAGAGGCACUGUCGGAUCCCUUAUAAUGCAAGAAAUCAAGUACUUUAACGAGCUUGAAUUAGGCUGUCGGAAUAGCUUCAGCAAGAGUCAUCGUCAGGUUACUGACUCGGCUUCGUCUAGUGAGUUUACCGGACCAGAGCUCGGGUCACUGGAAUCUGAAGACGGAUCUUAA